GAACCAUGUUCUUCACAAAGUCAGUGGCGUAUGCUCGUAGAUAACUUAAAGACUGAGCCAGUCAGUGCUAUUUGUGCUUCUCAGCAACGAGGCACUGCACAAGAUUUAGCAAUGGCGGACGAAUUGAGUGAGUUCCACCGUUAA